AUGCGCCGGGGGGCGAUCCACGGCCCAUUGGUGGCACAGUAUCUGGCCCGGGUGGCCCGGUUCAAGGAGAAACUGGCCGUGGCCAUCCAUAUGACGGCGGGGCAGCCGGCACGGGCCCCCGAGCUGCUCAGUGUGCAGUAUGUCAACACGCCGAACAACCAAUUCCGCAAUGUGUUCAUUGAGGAUGGGAUGGUGACACUGGUGACUGCAUACCACAAGGGCUUCCAUGCGAGCAACGACAGCAAGCUGAUCCACCGGUAUGUGCCACGGGCGGUCGGGGAGUUGGUGGUGUGGUAUAUGUGGCUGGCGAUGCCAUUCAUUGACCAGUUGACAGCGUGGCAGGCCGGCACUGCGCAUGGCACGGUGAAUGGCACAUUGAAUGGUAUGUCGAAUGGCACAUCGAAUGGUAUGUCGAAUGGCACAUCGAACGGCACAUUGAAUGGCACACAAGCCGGCACGGUGAAUGGCAUGGUGAAUGGUACAGUGAAUGGCAUGUCGAACGGCACAUCGAACGGCACAUCAAACGGCACAGCGAAUGGCAUAUCAAACGGCACACUGAAUGGCACAACAAACAGCAUACCGAUUGGCACACGAGCUGGCACAGUGAAUGGCACAGUGAAUGGCACACCGAUUGGCACACAGGCCGGCACAUCAAAUGCCAUGUCGAAUGGCACAUCGAAUGGCACACGAGCUGGCACAGUGAAUGGCACAUCGAACAGCACAUUGAACGGCACAUGGAAUGGCACACCAAAUGGUACGGUGAAUGGCAUGUUGAAUGGUAGACUGAACGGCACAUCAAACAGCACAUCGAACGGCACACCAAAUGGCACGGCGAAUGGCACAUCAAACAGCACAUUGAAUGGCACAUGGAAUGGCACACGAGCCGGCACGGUCAAUGGCACACUGAAUGGCACGGUGAACGGCAUACUGAAUGGCACACUGAUUGGCACACAAGCCGGCACAUUGAAUGGCACACGAGCCGGCACGGUGAAUGGCAUGGUGAAUGGUACAGUGAAUGGCAUGUCGAACGGCACAUCGAACGGCACAUCAAACGGCACAGCGAAUGGCACAUCGAACAGCACAUUGAACGGCACAACAAACAGCAUACCGAUUGGCACACGAGCUGGCACAGUGAAUGGCACAGUGAAUGGCACACCGAUUGGCACACAGGCCGGCACAUCAAAUGCCAUGUCGAAUGGCACAACGAUUGGCACACUGAAUGGCACGGCGAACGGCACACUGAAUGGCACAUUGAUUGGCACGUCGAACGGCACACCGGCAUGGCAGCCCCCAGCCCAUAUUUAUGGGGCCCCGACCCGGGCAUGCAGCGGCCAUGGACCCCCGAGCGAUUCCGGGAGGUGUUGA